UUUCCGCUCGCUACUUACUCUCUCUUUUACCGCUUCUUCAAGUUCAUUACUCUGACACAAGCCCCCCCCCCCUCCCCCAAAUCUAUAUCUCACACCCCCCCCCUUACGAUCGUUCUAGACGUUGCGCCGUCCCGCGCCGCAGACCUCCAUGAUAUUUACCAUCGUUUAACUUCAACAACUUUACGAAAAGGUCCACGAUAAAGGCGCCAAUUUACUGACACACCAACUACUCAAGUCGACUUACACGAUUUUCGUUAAUCAUUUUGCGCCAUCUUUGCCAUAGAUUCACCAGAGAAGGAGGGCCAUCUCACCUUGGCAUGCUUGCCUGACAUACUUGCGACUUAUUUAAUUGCUUGAUUUCUCGCAAGUUCUUCUUUUUAGGCUCAUUUUGCAAAACUUACGACAUCGCUGUCUUGCGACAGCACCUGUUUGAAUUUCUUCCAGAUGUUUCGCCAGAGGACAAGCACACAGAAGCCUGGCGACGAACUGCUUGCCAACUUCCGACAGCAGUUCCCCGAGAUCACGGCCGUAACCUCACCUUCGGCAUCGGGAGUCCCAGCGCCAAAUACUGUGACAGCUAAUAACUCAGUUCUCAUUCCGCCAGAUCCAGAACCACAUCAUGGUGCAGGUCCAGAUGUGUUCCGAGAUCAGGAUCCUACACCACGGGCUUCUGGUGCAGAGUGGAGGUUUACGCCUUCGUUACUUGACCCCAGUUCCUUCUCCUUCACCACCUUCGCCAACCAACCGCCAGGUUAUUACACUCCUACGCCUGGGGGAACCAAUACGUUAUAUCAUUCGCAAGCAGGUGACUUACAUACGCCAUCAAUGGGACUAAGUAUGGGACUCGGGACUCCGCUGUCGCUACCUACCAGUGAAGUUGCCAUACAAGCAGGAGCCGCCAUGAUGGACCUCACCCAAUAUCAUCAGGGAAUACCACCACCCCAAUUUCAACAACAUUACAACCCCUUCAUACAGCCAACCCCACCACAGCCUUCAUUUGCGCCUUCGUCUUUUGUGCACCAGGACACCGGCUACGAGACAAUGGACCAUGAUGGGUCCCCUCUUGAUUCCGAUAGCCACGAGGAGCAUAUAGGUUCCAUGAAUGCGACUUUCCAGUCGCAAUCGCCUCCUAACAUGAACAUGAUAGGCUUUCAACAUAGGCCGUUCGGAGCGCCUAUGACCCAUUUAUUACCACCUUCAGCCACCAAGUUCCGUUUCCAAUCAACAUUGAAUGCGCCGACGGCAAUGAUUAAACACGCAGACGAAAUUCCAGUAACAUACCUGAACAAAGGACAGGCCUACUCUCUCACUGUGGCAGAUACUGCGGCUUCUAUGCCCAUCGUCCCCGGCACGAAGUACCGCACGUUCGUGCGGAUCUCCUUUGAAGAUGACCAGCAACGGCAAAAACCUGGUGUCUGUUGGAGCUUAUGGAAAGAAGGUCGUGGGACCAACGAGGCGCACCAGCGGGGUGGUAAGUUACAAGCCGUUGAAUACGUUGAAGCAGGGCCGCCCGCCGAAGGUGAUGAUAAGCGAACACGUGUCGAACUCGAGACUGCUUCCUUCGAUGGGUUUUCGGUCGUUUGGACACCCGGUCUAAGUGGCGUUGCAGAGUGUACUGUCGCUGUUCGCUUCAAUUUUCUAUCCACCGACUUUAGCCAUUCCAAGGGUGUUAAGGGUAUUCCAGUGAGACUCUGUGCCAAGACGACGGUGAUGCCGCCGACCGAUUCAUCUCCGCUAUCAGACUCAGCAUUUGAAAUAUGCUACUGCAAAGUAAAGCUCUUUCGAGACCACGGCGCCGAACGCAAGCUAUCUAAUGAUGUCGCCCAUGUUAAGAAGACAAUCGACAAACUCAAACAACAGAUUACCCAAGCGGAGAGCGGGGCCAAAGAUUUUGGGAAGCGUAAACGAGGUGGGGGUGCACACACCAAGAGACAAGAUCAUCAGCGUCCAGGCAAAGCCCCAAAACAUAAGAGGACUUGGUCAAUGUCAUCAACAAGUUCUGGAGGCGGUGGCGGUGGUGGUGCGCGACCAUCACUCGAGGAUGACUUACACUUCAAACUUCAGACACUACAGGACAUGUUUACGAGUACUCGGGCAGUAAGUGUUCUCUACCUACGCGGCGACGAUUUAGACGAUCCAGACCUACACCCAGUAGGCCUCGCUGGGGAGCCGACCGAUCUUACCAAAGUCGAGUCGAAAGAUAGCGUAGCCUGGAAACUUCGAAGCGCACGGAGUUCGGUGGGUGGAUCAUCGCUCGUCUCUCCAUCGCCGAGUUCCUUGUCUAUGAAUUCACAGUCGGCCAAUACUACUCAGUGGAAUGACUUUUCUGGAAGUGGAGAACCUUCGGCUUCCCGGAGAGUUGCUGAUGUGCCUACCAAGAUCCGCAGACCAGACGUUGAUGGGAAUUUAAGUGGCUGGAUAGAGGCACUAGGAGUCGAUCCCUCAUAUAAGCCACCUAUUGAGAGACCUGUUAAGCCCAUUGCCUGUUUCUAUGUCGUCCGACGACACUCCUCGGGGCCGGAACAACGCGAAUUCUACCGAGCAAUCUACCUUACCCAGAGAACAGCGAUGGAAUUUGUAUCCCGAGUCUCAAUCAAGUGGGCCAUCGAAUCUGCAGCUGUUGUGCGGGUUGUCCGCGUCCUCAAAAAUGGCCUCGAAGUGGAGGUAGAUGACGAGAUAAUUCAAGCAAUCCCCGAAGGCCAAGACAUGGCGCUCGAAAUAGUAGAAGUAGAGCGGAGUAUUCCUCAGCCUAAGAGGGAAUGGGAACUGAUGACGGUUGAUGCGCCUGACGGCGACAAGGAGUCUACACACAGCGCAUUUCGGACAGCGACCGGUUAUGAACUACGACUUACAUUCUAAAUUAUUUGGGUGAUGAGGAUCGAUUAUUUACAUGGACAUUUUGCUUCGACGAAUAUAUUCUAGGGUAUGGGAAACGGUUUUCCGGCAUCAGGUUUGCCUUCAUGCCAACGAACAUGAACACUUAUACCCAAACGACCACCGGCGGAUUUUUUUUGAUUAUUAUGUCUGGCGUUUGAGCGGAAUAUUAAAAGAUACCAUUCCCUUAAGGGGCAGCUCUGUUUCUCUUCCGUUCCUUCUGUUGUGACGCGAACCGAUUUGCGGAUUUUUCUUAGAUCUGACGCUGCUACAUACAACCUAACUUACAUUACCUAUAGAAGAAACGAUUUGUAUUAUUGAACGGUGGGCGUUGCUAGAAGGCCCCCCUUACCCCCGGAUGCUCCUUUUUUUAUU